AUUCAGUUGAUUAUCAUCCUAUAUUAGCCCAUAUGAUAUCAUCAACUAAUAAAUAAGAGUACAUAUACAUCUAUUAAGUCUCUUUUUCAUAAAAAAAAUGUCAAGGUUUAGUUCAAAUCUCUCGAAGUUAGUACUUCUUUCGCUGGUUUUAGUAAUCUAUUGCUUGGAGAGUGCAACAUGCAAUGCUAGGCAUAGAAGGGGUAGAAAACAAGAACCUCGACAACCAAGUAUUCAGAAUUCUUAUAUCUUCAAUGUGUUAGAUUAUGGUGCUAAAGGUGAUGGAACCACAGAUGAUACUAAAGCAUUUGAAGCCACAUGGAUAGAAGCUUGUAAUGAUGAAGGAUCAACUAUCAUGGUUCCACCAGACUAUGGUUUCCUAGUUGGUCCUAUCAUUUUUUCAGGGCUACAUUGUGAAGAAAACAUUGUUUUCCAGUUGGAUGGGAGAAUUAUAGCCCCAACAAACCCUAAAGUCUGGGGGUCAUCAGGUCUAUUACAAUGGCUUGAAUUCUCGAAGCUAAAUGGAAUAUCUAUUAAAGGAAAAGGCAUUAUUGAUGGUCAAGGAUCAGUCUGGUGGGAAAAUGCUCCUUUAGAAGAUCAAGGUGAUGAUUCAGAGCAAGAUGUGUACGCUCCAAGAAUUGUUUUGAUAAGUAGCACAUCAAAACGAAAAAUGCCCAGAACCAGACCAGCAGCACUGAGGUUUUAUGGAUGUUCCAAUGUUGUAGUAACAGGCAUAAUAAUCCAAAACAGCCCCAAAGCACAUCUCAAGUUUGAUAAUUGUGCGGCUGUUCAAGUUUCAGGGAUCACAGUUUCAUCCCCUGGAGAUAGCCCAAAUACAGAUGGAAUUCACCUUCAGAACUCCCAAAAUGUUGUUAUUAACAGCAGCGAUAUUGCUUGUGGAGAUGAUUGUAUAUCUAUACAAACGGGAAGUUCAGCUGUGUUCAUUCACCAUGUGAAUUGUGGACCUGGACAUGGAUUCAGCAUCGGAGGGCUAGGAAAAGACAAAACCAAAGCCUGUGUCUCCAAUAUAACAGUUCAGGAUUCCACGCUACAGAACACUACGACUGGUGUAAGAAUCAAAACAUGGCAGGGAGGCUCAGGUUCAGUUCAGGGAAUCAUGUUCUCAAAUAUCCAAGUUUCAGAUGUGAAAACACCAAUAAUGAUAGAUCAAUUCUAUUGUGACAAAAGAAAAUGUAGGAAUCAUACAGCAGCAGUAGCCAUCUCAGGAGUUUCAUAUCAAUCCAUAAAAGGAACUUAUUCAUAUAAACCAGUUCAUUUUGCAUGCAGUGACUCUGUGCCAUGCACAGGUGUUUCCCUUUCAGCCAUAGAGCUUAACCCUUCACCAGAAAAGAAGCACUUUUAUGGACCUUAUUGUUGGGAAACUUAUGGAGAAUUGAGAACAAACACAACUCCUCCUAUUGAUUGUAUUCAACCUGAUAAAAGAAUUCCUAGUUAUGAUUCUUGUUGAUUCAUUCGAAAUUAAGGAUUGUACCCUAGUCCAGUUGUAUAAAUCGUCCCAGUACUAGGGAGAUUGAUGUAUCUUUCGGACUAGUUUUCUGUCUAUAUAUAGUUUUGCAAGACCUUC